AUGUCCUCAUCGUCUGCUGAAUUUUAUUCUUUCACCGUUCCCGAUGCACAAGGCAAUGAUAUUUCCAUGUCCGAUUACAAGGGCAAGGUAGUGAUGAUUGUGAAUGUUGCAUCGUCUUGUGGACUAACUCCCCAAUAUCAAGAAUUGCAACAACUUUAUGAGCAAUACAAGGAUGAAGGGUUUGAAAUUUUGGCAUUUCCUUGCAAUCAAUUCGCAUUUCAGGAGCGAGGAAGUAAUGAAGAGAUUUGUCAAUUCGCACGAACAAAGUUUAACGUAACAUUCAAGAUUUUCGCCAAGACGACCGUCAACGGUAGUGACACUAUUCCCUUGUAUAAAUAUUUAAAGAAGGAAGGAGAAGGUUCCAUGUUUAACGCUAUCAAGUGGAAUUUUACCAAAUUCUUAAUUACUAGGGAUGGCAAAGUACUGCAAAGAUAUUCACCCUACACAAAACCUUUGGAGAUUGAAGAGGAUAUCAAAAAAUUAUUGGCAGAAAAGCCAUCUGAGUAA